AUGGCGCCCGACCGACUGAGAGAAGCGCACACGGAAUGGAAAACCGCGACAGAGUAUAUACAAUCCUGCAGCAUUUCAGCAGAGCGAUUUCUUCAAGUCACAGACCUGUUGUUGGAAAACCCCAACUUGAAUUCAACCCACCUCUUCCGAGCCGACAUCCUGUACGACAGUGCCCACCGGCUGAAGACGGUCUCGGAAAAGGAAAGGUUCUGUCUGGAGUCUAUUGGAGUGCAAAGCAACGACAAGCAUGCAGGUGGUGGAGAUGAUCUCGAACCCGUGUCUUCACCCCCGGUCUUUGAAGGGGCAAUUCUACAGAGGAAAGUCUUACGGAAACUCAUUCCUCGCAAGCCACAACUCGACCGUCCGCUCGAUCAGUGGUGCUACAUCUACAGACUCCACCAAGAGACAGACGGGAGUUCGGGAUGUAUUGUCGUGUACCAGCCACAAGUCGACGCUGAGGUUGACAUGCCCUGGUACCAUCCACCGGUCAAGUCUCUGGCGUAUCUCCGCAAAGACACAGGAACCGAGACCACGCUUUCCGUCCAUUUCCUUCCUUUCCCAACCUCUCCUGAUCCGCUCCCGUCACGGACACAUCGCAUAUUCGUCUCACUCCUUCAGACGCUCCUCAGGCUCGCAAAGAACCCAGCACCAGAAGGAGCCGUCGCCGAUGACGACCACAAGAUGACGGAAGGGCACGCCAUGAGAAGCUUGUCUCUGGCCCCUUCAGCCCUGAAAGAUACGAUCCUCCCCCAGCAUAUCGUCCAAGACACCUACACGCGGCUGAAAGAGCGGUACGCCAAAGACCUCAUCUCCCGCUGGGCGGAGAAAACCGAGCCAGUCAAGCACGUGUUCGAAGACCUGGCCAUUGCCGCCUUCGUCAUCGAGCUCUGGAAGCAGAUGUACCCUCAGGCAGACACAUUCCCGGGCUUUGUCGACAUUGCAUGCGGAAAUGGCGUUCUGACCUACGUGCUUGUCAAGGAAGGGUACCGGGGACGUGGCUUCGACGCGCGUCGGCGGACCACGUGGGAUGUCCUGGAGCUGGACAACUGUCUCGACGAGAUGGUGUGCAUUCCGCAGCCAUUUCUGGACCAUAUGGGCGCCGAGGAGAUCAGCGGAUUCCAGGAGACAGGCGCGAGGGUCCACAACGGCAUCUUCGCGCCGGGGACGUUCAUCAUCUCCAACCACGCCGACGAACUCACGCCAUGGACACCCCUUCUCGCCGCUCUGUCAUCUCCCGACACACCGCUACCCUUCCUGGCUAUUCCAUGCUGCUCACACGCCCUGAGCGGAGCCAGACACCGCUAUUCUCCCAAGGCGCCCAUGGUCCCCGCGUCGUCUGCGCCGAUAGAUGAUAGCAGCAGCAGCAGCGACAACACCGACAAGAACAACACAAGUGAGCCGCAGCCCGCCAGCGGCGACCUUAAGGCCCUUCGAGCCGCCAAGGCCCAGGCGGCGAACCACACGGACGAUACAUCCAUGUAUGCCUGCUUGACCAAGAAAGUCGUCUCCCUGGCACGCGAGGUCGGCAUCGACGUCGAAUUGACACUCAUGCGCAUCCCGAGCACGCGGAACAUCGGGGUCGUGGGGAACAGGAAACGAGCUUUCGCUGGUGCCCCUCCUCCUAGAAGUCCACCAGACGGAACGCGGGCGAGGUCCGUGUCCGUGCUGAAGAGCAUCCCGGACGUGCUGCACCGCGAGUGUGCCAUCUCAGGAGGCAUCGCCGCGGCGGCGCGAUGUUGGGUCGAACGAGCGCAGAAACUCCAGGCGGGCCGCGGAAGGGGCAAAGUCAACGGGCACCGACCAGCAACAAUACCACCAUGUCGGACUUGA